GGAGGCCCCAACCUCCUGCGUCCCCGGCCGGCAGCGUUGGCGCGGAGGCUGGGAGUGGAGCCGAGGUAGUGAUAGCCACUCCAGCAUGAACCACAACUCCAGGAAGAAGUAGAAUCCGCCUGGCUCUCUGCCAUGGCCUGUGAGCCACAGAUGGACCCUGGCGGGGCAGCCAGCCCGCUGCCCACCGCCACCCCUGGUUGGAGUGCCCUGCCUGGGGGGAGCCCGCCGAGGUGGGGACAAGAGCUGCACCAUGGCCAGGUCCUCUCAGUCCUCCGAGUUGACAAUACCUGUGCACCCAUCUCCUUCGACCUGGGAACCGCAGAAGAGCAGCUGCAGGCCUGCGGCAUUCAGCUCCCUGCCGACCAGUACAGGAGCCUGGCUGAGAGCACCCUGUUGGAGCCACAAGUGAGGAGAUAUACCAUCUACAACUCCAGGCCCAUGCGGCUGGCCUUCGCUGUGGUCUUCUACAGCUGUGUCGUGGUUUGGACCAAUAUCUACUCGACCAGCCAGCUGUUUGCCCUGGGCAACCACUGGGUGGGCGUGCUUCUGGUGACCCUGGCCGCAGUGAGCCUGACGCUGACACUCGUGCUUGUCUUUGAGAGGCACCAGAGGAAGGCCAACACUAACGCGGACCUAAGGCUGGCAGCUGCCAACAGAAUGCUCCUGAGACACCGGGUGCUGCUGGGGGUAACAGACACUGUGGAAGGCUGCCAGGGUGUGAUCCAGCUCUGGUUUGUCUAUUUCAACCUGGAGAAUUGCGUGCAGUUUCCGUCCGACUGUGUUCAAGAAAUGAAAACUAACCAAGAGUCCUUGCUGAGAAGCAGACUGAGCCAGCUGUGUGUUGUCAUAGAGACAGGGGUGAGCCCUGCAGUGCCGGAGGGACCUGGAGACCUGGAGGAUGCUCCUCUCCUGCCCAGCGAGACCAGUCCUCAGGAGAGGCCAGUCCUGCAGACUGAGCUGUACCAGCUUGCGCCCGAGGCUGAGCCGCAGAAAAUGGCGCAGCAGCUGCUCUCGGUAUUUGGUGGCUACUACAUCCGGCUUCUAGUGACCUCCCAGCUCCCUCAGGCAGUGGGGACCCGGCACAUGGACUCUCCAAGCGUUCCGUUCCCUUGCCAGCUCAUAGAAGCGCAUAUCCUGGGCCCGGGAUGCUGCCACUUCCUGAACAGGUGACCUAGGGACAGAAGUCUUUAUCAUCCUCCAAGACUGAGAAGUAG